CACAAUGCCCCGUUCCCUCUCCGAGCUCCGACACAAGGAUCUCUUCCGAACCCAGGGCUUCAUCGCUCACCAAUGGGUCGAUUCCACCAGCGGCUCGACCUUCGAGAAAUGCAUGCGGAAGACACCCACCACGCCGUCCAAGCCGCCUAGGGAGCAUUUUAAGACCUUCAAGAAGACCAUUGCCCGCCAACGAGCCCAGUGGCUACGAAAAUGGUAUGCACUCUGCCUCGAGCACCAAGAUGACCUUGCCCUCAUCCUGACCCUGGAAAACGGAAAACCCCUGGCUGAAGCGAAGGGAGAAGUCGCCUACGCGGCCUCAUUCCUGGACUGGUUUGCCAGUGAAGCCGAGCGGACAUAUGGAGAGGUCGUCCCCCCUGCCAACCCCAGUCAGCGUAUUAUCACUAUCAAAGAGCCCCUGGGUAUAGCCGCCUGCUUGGCCCCAUGGAAUUUUUCUCUAGCGAUGAUCACCCGCAAAGUCGGGGCCGCCCUAGCAGCAGGGUGCACGACCGUGUGGAAACCCGCCGGCGAAACGCCGCUGAGUGCUCUCGCCCUCGCCGUCCUCGCCCAGGAAGCUGGCCUGCCCGCCGGCUCCAUCAACGUGCUCACCACCCUCAACAACGUCCAUGAGGUGGGGUCCGCCUUAUGCGAGAACCGCUUGGUGCGCAAGCUCAGCUUUACCGGAUCGACGCGCGUGGGCAAACUGCUCGCGCAGAAGUGCAGUGUCAAUCUUGAGCAGCUAUCACUCGAGCUGGGUGGAAACAGCCCGUUCAUUGUCUUCAAUGAUGCUAAUAUUGAAACCGCCGUCGAUGCCUUCUUGCUGGCCAAGUUCCGGAAUGCGGGCCAGACCUGCAUCACGGCCAACCGCGUCUUUGUACAGGAGGGCAGCUACGAUCGCUUUGCGGCCGCCUUGGUGGAACGCGUCAAGUCUCUGCGAGUCGGCAAUGGGGUGGUCGACGGGGUGACCAUCGGCCCUUUGACGCACGAGCGCGCGGUCGAGAAGGCUGUUGGCCACAUCAACGAUGCCAUCUCCAAGGGCGCCUCCGUCCUGUUGGGCGGUGCUCCCUUUCAGCCCGACAAUCUCAAGGGCUACUUCAUCCAGCCCACCAUCCUGAGCAAUGUCACCCCGGAGGCGCAAGUGACCUCCUCCUGCUUCUUUCGCUCCUCGAAUUCAACCCUGUAUCGAGCCAGAUUCCGGAGCUGCUCCUUUUCCGUCGCCCGUCACUAUCAGGCGUAUCCCUCACUAGUCUCCAGCUGCUUCUUGAACCCCCCUCUCGAUGCACACUUCCCCAGCGUUAACCGAAGUUGGGUCGGUUCCGGGUGCGAGCAAGACAUUGGCGAAUAACCAGCUUUGCAUCCUUGGUGGCAUGAAAGCCUGCUUGCUUCAAUUUAAGAGCUAGGAUCUCUUGGAGAUAAUCAUCACUGAAGUCCUCAAAGUCGAACACAGCGCUCAUAGGGAAGCGUCGGGAGAGACCUUCGUUCACUGUCUGGAACAUCUUCUCCAUUGCGUCCCAAUAUCCGAGGAGCAGAACACACCGGUCAUCGCCGGGGACGCUUCAGACUUCCGCAACAAGGGUGUCAAUUACCGCGACCUUGUAUAUAUCUGGGCCUCCGCUCGAUGCAGACCCCGAGGAACUACCACCAAGCAUGUAAGCCUCGUCGACAACGAGAACUUUACCGAGGGUGGAAGCCAAGAUGCCCUUGGUCGCGGCCUACGAUCCGAAUUACCCCCUGCGUGUACUUGACAUCGUACACGUGGCUGAGACGCGAUUCGCCGUCAAUCAUAAUUCCGGGUAUAGCUUUCCAUCCUCCCAGAGAAGAG